AUGGCAUCUACUUCAACACGGAAACACUGCGCAAAUAAUGAUGGUUGUAAACAAACUGGUGUUGCUUACUGUGAAGGUUGCACACGAUCAUUUUGCGGCAUACAUUUUAAUGAUCAUCGUCGUGCACUGAGUGAAGAACUAAACGUCAUUUUCAGUGACUGUAAUGAGAUCAAGGAUACAUUGAAUCAACAAAUAACAACAUAUGACUCUCAUCCAUUAAUAAAAGAAAUUAAUGAUUGGGAAAAACAAUCCAUUGCCAAUAUUCAACAACGAGCAAAGGAAUUACGACAACAAUUACUUCAAUUGACAACUGACUAUAGAAAUAAACUAUCAGAAAAACUUCAACAACUAUCCGAACAAUCAAACGAUGCUCGAGAACAUGAUAGUUUUAGCGAGACAGAUCUAUAUCAAUGGAAGAAAACUCUAGAAGAUUUAAAAACCAAUCUUAUUUCAUCGUCUAUGUUUUGUAUUAGUCAGCAUGAACAUUUUCCAGGAUUGAAAAAUAUUUCUUUUAUCAUGGCAAUGACAAAUGAGUUAUUUGAUCAAACAUCAGAUAAUACAGCUCAAAUUGGGCAAAAUGGACAGGUAGUAACUUGUGAUACAUCAAGAAAUCAUCGAGAGAUCCGUGGUAAAAUUAAAUACACUUCAGGAGUUCACAAAAUUCGUCUAUACGUAGAACACUCAGUAGAUGAUUGGAUGCUUUUGGGAAUAAACUCAGAAUCAACACCUCUACAACGUCAAUCAUACAAUUCUGCGUCCACCUAUGGCUGGUCCAGCGACAACAGUAUUUGGUUGAAUGGACAAAGGAAUCAAAAUAACUUGAAUAAUGCUAUUGAAAUGAAAAAGAAUGACAUAGUGAGUUUAAUCCUUGAUUGUGACAUGCGAACAAUUAUGAUGACCAAUGAACGAACAAAUAAGAAACAUGAAUUGCCUGUAAAUACUGCUCAUUGUCCAUUUCCUUGGCAACUUCAUCUUAAUCUAUUUGAAGCGAAUAGUUGUGUACGCAUUUUAUCAACUUAG